AUGACCAAAUCCCAAUUCCGACAGGAGCCGGUCGCCGUCAUCGGCUUCGCCUGUCGUCUUCCCGGAGGCAACCACAGUCCCCAGAAGCUCUGGGACUUUCUAGAACGAGGAGAGAUCGCCUCGAACCAAGUCCCCAAGACUCGCUUCAACAUCGAUGGGCACUAUGACGGCUCCCAUAAACCCGGAACCAUGCGUCCCAAGGGUGGCAUGUUUAUUGGCGACGUGGACCUGGCGGACUUUGAUGCCUCGUUCUUCGAGAUCGGUGGCACGGAAGCGAUUGCCAUGGAUCCCAACCAGCGGCAGAUGUUAGAAGUGGUGUAUGAAGGACUGGAGAAUGCUGGUAUUCCCUUGGAACAGAUCGAUGGGAAACCGGUAGCGUGUUUCGUGGCGUCGUAUGCUUCUGACUACGGCGACAUGCAAAACCGAGAUGCGGAAGAUCGGCCGGCCAACUGCGCCAUUGGAGUCGGACGGUCCAUCAUGGCCAACCGUCUCAGCUACUUUCUCAACGUCAAAGGCCCCAGCGUGACCAUUGACACAGCCUGUUCCGGCAGUCUGGUCGGACUCGACUUGGCCUGUCGCUCCGUGCAGUCUGGGGAGGUCGAUACGGCCAUUGUGGCUGCCAGUAACUUCUACCUCAACCCGGAUCAUGUCAUGGAUGCCGGGAAUGUCGGCCAGGCACAUUCGCCCACCGCACUGUGUCAUACCUUCGAUGCCGAUGCCGACGGAUACGUCAAGGCCGAGGCGGUUAGCUGUGUGAUCAUUAAGAGACUCUCCGAGGCGGUCCGCGAUCGGGAUCCUAUUCGAGCCAUUGUGAGGGGAACGGCAUCGAACAGUAACGGACGCACCGGCGGCAUCGCCAGUCCCAGCUCCGAAGCCCAGGCGGCCGCAAUCCGGGCUGCGUACGCCAAUGCAGGGAUCGAAAACUUCCACGAGACCGCGUAUCUCGAAUGCCACGGCACGGGCACUCAAGCGGGCGAUCCUACGGAAGUGCGGGGAGCUGGAUCGGUGUUUGCUGCCACCCGGACGACCGAGAAUCCGCUGUUCAUCGGUUCCAUCAAGAGUAACAUCGGACAUUCAGAGCCCGCGGCAGGAAAUUCCGCGUUGCUCAAGGUCAUCUUGUCGAUCGAACAUGGCAUGAUCCCGGGGACGCCCCUGUUCAUCAAGCCCAGCCCGAAGAUUGACUUCCACGGCACCAAAACGGUAGCCUUUCGUACGGCCAUUCCCUGGCCCGACCAGGGCUAUCCCCUGCGACGCGCCAGUAUCAACUCCUUUGGCUACGGCGGCUCCAACGCGCACGCCAUCAUCGAACAGCCACACGUCGACAUGCGCGAAUUCCACGUGUCAUCCUACAAGUCAGGGGGUGAUCAGGACCCUUUCCUCGAUGAAGACGAGUUGACCGACCGACCCUACACCCUCGUGGUAUCUGCCAACGACGCGCAUUCCCUGAAAGAGAACAUUCGCGCGCUCAGCAACCAUCUCAUCAAUCCGCGGGUCAGCGUGAAGCUACCGGAUCUCGCGGCGACAUUAUCCCAGCGUCGAUCGCGGCUCUGGCACCGGGCCUUCCUGACCACCCGAACCACGCAGAUUGAUGAAAAGGACUUCACUGUUGGCAAGAACCGGGGCCAACCGCCCAAGAUCGCCUUUGUGUUCACCGGACAGGGCGCGCAGUGGCCGCAGAUGGGCAAAGAGCUGGUGCAGUUCUUCCCUUGGACGCGGGCCAUUCUCGACGAAUUGGACCAGGCCUUGCAAUCCCAACCGGACCCUCCGGAAUGGUCCCUCGUGUCCGAGCUCACGGAGCCCCGGUCCGCCGAGCAUCUCCGCCAGCCGGAGUUCUCGCAGCCCCUUGUCACGGCGCUGCAACUGUGCAUCCUGGCCGUGCUGGCGUCCUGGGGUGUGAACCCCAGCAGCGUGGUCGGCCACUCAUCCGGAGAGAUUGCGGCCGCCUAUGCUGCAGGCUAUCUUGACCGCGCGAGUGCCAUCAAGGCGGCGUUUUAUCGGGGUCGGGCAGCCGUGAACAGCAAGGCCAAUGCCCGGGUGGACUCGGAUGUUGGCAUGCUCGCCGUGGGUCUGGAUCCGGACUCCGCUCUACAAUACGUGCAAAACUACCGUGGCAGCGCGUGGAUCGCCUGCUUCAACAGUCCGAAUAGCGUCACCGUGUCCGGCAAGAAGCCGGCUCUGGCCGCUCUGGCCGAGGAGAUCAAAGCCGCGGGCCAUUUCGCGAGAGCCUUGCAGGUGGACUUGGCUUACCACUCGGAGCUCAUGGGUCCGAUUGGCGAGGAAUACGAUCGGCUGUUGAACGAGGAUCCCAAGUUUCAACCCCAGAAUGAUGCCUCGUCGCCGGUCCGGAUGUUCUCGUCCGUCACUGGCGAGGUGAAAGAUACCCCCGCCGAUGCCCUCUACUGGAAGACCAACAUGGUGUCGCCGGUGCGAUUUGCCGAGGCCUUGACGGCGCUCGUCACCCAGGACUCCCCCAGCAUGAUCAUCGAGAUCGGUCCGUCCGGGGCGCUCGCGGGACCGGUUUCCCAGGUGCUGAAAUCGGUGCCCCUGGGCGGAGACGUUCAGUACUGCGCGGCCUGGGCGAGAGGGAUCAAUUCCGGAAAGGCGCUGUUCGACGUGGCUGGACAGCUCUUCACCACCGGGGCCCCAAUUGAUCUGUCACGGGUGAAUCAAUAUGAUACCACGGCCGUCCGAACCAUCGUCGACCUGCCCAACUACUCGUGGAACCACACGGUGAAAUACUGGCAUGAGAAUGCCGCGAGUCGCGAUUGGCGCUACAAGCAGUUCAUCACGCACGAUCUCCUCGGAUCCAAGAUCCCCGGCACCGCCUGGGAGUCACCCACCUGGCGUAAACACCUCCAUCUGGCGGAUGUGCCGUGGCUGCGCGACCACAAGAUGGGCCCGGAUGUGCUGGUGCCCGGGGCCGGCCUCGCCACGAUGGCCCUGGAAGCCAUGUAUCAGAAACACUGUGCCCUGCACCCCGACCAAGCGGUGGGAUCGCCCAACGAGCUGGCCUAUCGAUUCCGGAACGUCAAGUUCGAUCGCGCCGUCGUCGUCGAGGAGAACAAGCCCACCACCCUCCUCCUCACCCUGACUCCAGUGCCCGGGAGCAAGGACUGGCAUGAGUUUCGCAUUCGGACCACCGCGGCGGGGGUGAUCUACGAGCACUGCUCGGGGUUGAUCCGGGUGCAGGAUCCGAUUGGCGAUGAGGAAGCACUCCAGGGCGAGGAUCUCGCCCCGUUGAAGCAUCCCCAGUCGGCCAAGCUGUGGUACAAGGCGCAGCGCGAGGUGGGGAUGGGAUUCGGUCCGACCUUCCAGACCAUCAAGAGCAUCGAAUCCGUCAGUGGCAGUCGGACGUGUCGGACGUUGGUGUCCUUGGAACCGCCCGCCUCGAAAUGGGAUCCGCAGUCGUAUUAUCCCUUUCAUCCGGCCAUCCUGGACGGCUGCUUGCAGACCGCGACGCCGGCCAAUGCGGCGGGGGAACGGAGUUUGGUGAAAGACACGAUGAUCCCGGCUCUGGUCGAUGAUAUGGUCGUCAACCGGAUUCCCAAGGACCUCGUCGAGGGAUUGUCCGUCGCCGAGUCGGUCUACACCGGUCGUGGCCGUCGGGAGGUGGCCAAAAGCUGGAUCGCUAAUAUUGCCAUCCAUCACCCCGAGACGGGGGCGCUGCUGCUACGGGUCCGAGGGCUGAACUAUAUCCGACUGGAUGUGGACGAGAAGCCGGAUGCGCAUGUGUUUACCACGACGACGUGGACGCCGGAUAUCUCGCUGCUGACGCCGGACCAGCUGAUGUAUCUGCAGCCCACGGACGCCGCGUCGACCCGUCUCGACCGGGUGAUCGACCUGAUUGCGCAGAAGAAGCCGCUCCUCCAGGUGCUGGAGAUCAACGUCGACGAGACGGAUGCCUCGACGCGGUGGUUCCAGGGCGACGAGCACGCCCGAGCAGCCUAUGCCCUAUAUCACCUCGCGUCCCCGUCGGCCAACACCAUCCUCGAGUGGAAAACCGCCCAUCAGACCAAACGCAACACCGACUGUCACGUCCUUGAUCUCGCUGCCCCAGGGCUCGGCUUACCGACCACCGACCCGACCUACGACCUGGUCAUCCUCAAACCCGGCCCCCAAUCCGACGACCCGACGACCAUCGAGAGCAUCAGCGAACGUCUCCAACCCCUCCUCCGUCCAGGCGCAUACGUUCUCCUGAUCCCUCAAUUCACCCCCCUUCACCCAAUCGAUGACCUGAUCCCAUCAUCCCCCGGGGCCAUCUCGCCCGACGACCCCCUCUCCCGCUCCGGAUCCCACACCCCAUCCGGCGACUCCUCCGCCACCUCCAUCGACUUGACCCUCUCCCCGGGAAAUGCCUGGAAAUCCCUCGGGAAGCUCCACGGCCUCUCCCAAUUCCCAUCCAUCCUCCAGAUCCCCGCAGAGCCGGGCCACGCCACAGCCUUCCUCUGCCGCACGACCAACCCCACCCCCUCCACCCCGGGAGCCCACCCCCCAACCCUCAUCAUCGCCCGAUUUCAUCCCGACACCCCAGCCCUCCCAUCUACGCUGCACAACCUCCUCACCACCUCCGGCUGGAGCAUCCGCACCGUCCCCAUCACCACCCUAGCCGCCGAGGCCCCCACCACCGACCCCACGGCCGUGAUCCUCAUCCUCGACGAGCUCUCCAAGCCCGUCCUCACCCAGAUCACCGAACCCCACUGGGACUCCCUCAAAACGGUGAUCAGCACCGGCCGGCCCCUCCUCUGGGUCACCAAGGGGUCUCAAACGACCCAAGUCACCGACCCAGACACCGCUCUCGUCCACGGCCUCUUCCGCGUCAUCCGUCGGGAGGAUCCCCAGGUCCAAUUGACCACGCUGGAUGUGCAAUCCGCGACGAGCCCGGCCACGGGACAGGCCAUUGAGCGGAUCCUACAGAGGUUGAUGGCGGGGAUGGAUCCCGAUCUGGAGACCGAGUACGCGGAACGGGACGGGGUGGUGCUCCUGCCGCGGUUGCGGCCGGAGCCGGCAGUGAAUGAGUUCAAGGCGGCGGAGAGGGGGGGCCGGGGAUGGGAGCCCGUGGUGAAGAGUCUGCAUGGGACGAAGGCGCAGGUACGGAUUCAGGCCGAGAAGGUGGGCACGUUGCAGAGUUUGAGGUGGUGUGAGACGGCCGUGGGGGAGGUGGCCAUGGAGCCGGGCAUGGUGGAGAUCGAGGUGAUGGCCGUGGGGGUGAAUUUUAAGGAUGUCGCCACCACCAUGGGCAUCGUGCCCGAAAACGAACACACCAUCGGCUGCGAAUGCGCCGGCUACAUCAAGCGCAUCGCCCCCGGACUCACCACGCCCUUCCAGGUGGGCGAUCGUGUCGUCGCCAUGCGCAGUGGCACGUACGUCAAUCGCGUGCAAUGUCCGCACGAGCGCGUUCAUCGGAUCCCCGACACGAUGAGCUACGAAGACGCCGCCACCAUCCCCUUGGUCUAUCUCACCGCCAUCUACGCCCUCUACCACCUGGGGAAUCUCCAACCGGGUCAAUCCGUGUUAAUCCACUCCGCGGCUGGCGGGGUCGGACUGGCCGCGAUCCAACUCGCGCAGCACAAGCACUGCGACAUCUUCGUGACCGUCGGCACGGACGCCAAGCGCGAGUUUCUGUCCCGUACCUUUGGGAUCCCGCGGACCCGGAUCUUCAGUUCCCGGAGCGGGCGCUUCGCCGAGGAGAUUCGUCGGGAGACCCACGGCCGCGGGGUGGAUGUCAUCUUGAACUCGUUGACCGGGGAGUUGCUGGAUGAGUCGUGGCGGUUGACUGCGGACGGCGGUGUCAUGGUGGAGAUUGGGAAGCGGGAUAUCGUCGAUCGGAAUCGUCUGGCCAUGGAGCCGUUCGAUCGGAAUUGUUCCUUCCGGGCCGUCGAUCUCUCGUAUACCAAGGAGAUCAGCGACGCGUUGAUCGGACAGCUACUACGGGAGAUCUUCGAGCUGGUGAAUGCGGGACAUAUUGGGCCCAUUCGGCCCAUCACCCGGUAUCCCUUUGACGAGGUCAUCCCGGCGCUGUCGUAUAUGCGUCGCGGGCAACAUAUGGGGAAGAUCGUCAUUGCGAAUCCGGACGCCGAGGAUGUGCAGUUGCCCAUUCGUCCGGCUCUUCCGACUCUGCAGCUCGAUCCGAACGCCGCGUAUCUCAUUGUCGGCGGGCUCCGCGGCCUGUGUGGGAGUCUGGCGGUGCAUCUGGCCCGGCAUGGCGCGCGACAGGUCAUUGCCAUGAGUCGCAGUGGGAUUGACGAUGAGGCGUCGGCCCGGGUGAUCGCCAAUUGCGCGGCCUAUGGGUGUCGCAUCACCGAGGCGAAGGGCGAUGCGGCGGACUUGGACUUUGUGCGAGGGGUGUUUCGCUCUGUGCAGCCGCGGCGCAUCGCGGGGUUGAUUCAGGGCGCGAUGGUCUUAAGAGACAAACCCUACGAAACCAUGACCCACGACGAGUACACCACCACCCUCCCCCCCAAACACCACGCGACCUGGACGCUCCACCGCGCAUCCCAAACCGAACAACCGACCCACCCGCUCGACUUCUUCACCCUCCUCUCCAGCAUCUCCAGCAUCGUCGGCAACAAAGGCCAAGCCAACUACGCAGCCGGCAACGCCUUUCUCGACGCCUUCGCCCACUACCGACGCGGUCAGGGUCUGCGCGCGCAGACGGUCAAUCUGGGGAUGAUUGAGGAUGUGGGGUACGUGGCGGAACAGGGGGGGAAACUGGAAGCGCGGUUUGAUCCGCGGCAGUGGACGCCGGUGAAUGAGGAUAUGUUGAGACGGAUUGUGUCGUAUUCGAUUUUGGUGCAGACGCCGGGGGGGAUCAGUGGGGGUGUGAAUCCGGCGCAACUGGUGACGGGGUUGGCGUGUCCGUUGGGGAGUGGGUCGGAGUUGGGGGGGGAGGCUCGGUUUGGGUAUUUGGUUCGGAGGGGGGGUGGUGGUGGUCCGGGGGAUGAGGAUGAGGAGGUAGGGGGGGAUGGCAAUGAUGAUGCCACGGCAGCGGCAGUCAAAGGGUUCCAGAUGUUGUAUGCGUCGCGUGCGGAUGCCGGGGUCUUGAGCAAGGCGGCGGUCGGAUUGCUGCAGUUGCAGGUGACGAGGAUUCUGCGCCUCGAGACGGAGAUGGAGCCCGGGAAACCGUUGAUGGCGUAUGGGUUGGAUUCGUUGUCGGCGGUGGAAUUGCGCGGGUGGGUGCGGCAGAAGACCGGGGCGGAGUUGAGUACGCUGGAUAUUACGAAUGCGAGUUCGUUGGUGGCGUUGGGGGAGAAGUUGGUGGCGAAGAUGCCGGUCGUGGGGUAGAUAGAUAGUGUGCAGUGGGUAAGACCCAGGUCAGGUCGGCAUAGUGGGAUGUCAUGCGGAAUUGAUUACACAAUGGUGUGUUCGAUGUGAA